GAAAAGAGGAAGAGAAGAAAUUGAAGGAAGAGGAGAAGAGGGUAAAGGAAGAGGAGAAGAGGGUAAAGGAAGAGGAGAAGAGGGUAAAGGAAGAAGAGAAGAGGAUGAAGGAAGAGGAGAAACAAAAACAAGAGGACAAACUGAAACACAGAUUUGCAAGUUUUUUCCUGGCGAAGAAGAGGGAUGUAGAAGAUGAGGAAGAGAGGGACACUGCUGGAAUCUUCAAGCAGUUCAGGGUGAAGGAAGACAUGCAGUUGGCACCCCUACACCGAAAUACUCUAACCUCAGACCAGCAUGAGGCUCUGGGGGAGGUCAUGAUGGGGGCACAGGGAGGACAGGGGAAGCUGCCACUGACCUACCUGGCCCUCCUCAAGGCUGGAGGUCACAAGGUCAGGUCAUCGGCGAGAACAUGGCCGCCCUCAACUGCUAAUGAUGAUGAUGAUGAUGAUAUUGAGAUUGUAGAUGAUGAUGAUGACACCACCACCACUGCCACUGCCACUGCACCACCCCAGAAAGGCUGCCCUGCCCCCCCAGGCCUGCGGGGUUGCGGUGCGGGGCGGGCCAAGCUCCUGUCCUUCUGCGAGAACAGGCGGCCAGCUUACUGGGGCACCUGGAGCAAGGCUGGCCAGUGUGUGAGAGCAAGGAGGCCAUUUCUGAAGGAGCCCACCCUGGACUACGAGUAUGACAGCAAUGACGACUGGGAGGAGGAGGAGGCGGGAGAGAGCUUGAGUGACUCAGAGGGUGAGGAAAAGGAAGAGGAAGACAAUUACGAGGUUGAUAAUGACUUCUUUGUCCCCCACGGCUACCUCUCCGAUGAUGAAGGAAAGGAAGAGGAGGAGGAGAAGAAUUGUGUGAAGAGUGGUGAUGGUGAGAUGGAGAACAAGAAUAAGGAGAAGCUGAAGAGGAAACAGGCUGAAUUUGAGGAAGAGAUGAAGAAAAAAACCAGAGAACUGAAACCACGCGUCAUUGGCUGUCUGUGGCUCACCGACCAAACCACCAACAUGGCCUUCACACAGCUGCUGAAGGUCUUAGAACCAUACCGAGCUGUCCGUCUGGCCCCCAACCCCAUCCCGACAGCCUGGAGGGGUUUGGCGCCCCAGUCUGGCCAGGGAGAGGGGCCAGGGGAGGAGGAGACGCCAGGAGGGGAUGAGAAGGGAGGGAAAAAGUUCGUCAAGGAGUUUCCAGAAGAAGCUGUGGCACCGCUGAUACAGUUACUUCACGGCAACAGACACGGCAAGGGGUUCCUGUGUCGAGAGUUUGCAGAUUACUGGUUGCAGAGGAACAGUGGCAGUGGUGGUGGUGGGAAGACUGGAGAAGUGUGUGUCAUUGCCAAGCGGAAAGUUUUGCAGAAAAUCAGAGAAAUCGGUGUUUGGAAGAAAUGCAAGACUGAAAGUUGCAAGCGUGCGAUGCUCAUGUGGUACGUCCCAUCAGAGACACGAGAGAAGUAUGGCGUCUUGGACCUGAGCAUCCCAAAUACCUGGUCGUACAUAAACACCCCAAAAGAACGCAAAGAUGAGGACUCCGAGGUGACCCAGGAUGACCCUGCAAGGACCCCAAAGCUGUCUAAACUUGUCCCCAUCACUGCGUUCACCCGAAAGACCCCCACCUCGACCCCGACAGCGACCUCGAGUGGAAAGGAGGUCACGCAAACUGGAGAGGUUUCGCCUGUUGCUCCAUCCACAGGGCAGGUGGAGGGGUGUGGGUCAGUGGAGGUGUCACCCACACCUGUGCCCACCCCUACUCCUCCACCCAGCAACGUCACCCGCCCCAACUCCGCAGGAAAGGGGAAAAGAAAUCGCAGUCUUUUCUUGAGUGGGAAGAGUCAGUCUGCUAGCUUUGUGUCGUUCUUUAAGAAGGGAGGGAAGGAUGAUGGUGGUGGUGGUGGUGGUAGUAAUAGUGUUGGUAGUGAAGGUGGUGGUGGUGAAGGUAGUGGUAGUGGUAGUGAUGAGUGUAUCAUUUUAGAUGAUUGAUAAGGUGUUUGUUUUGGUUAUUGUUUUUUUUUUUUUUUUUUUUUUUUUUUUUUUUGUGUGUGUGUGUGUUUGGUUCGGUUUGGUUUUUUGCUUAUUCACUGCCAUAAUGUUUGUGUUCAUGACCGGUAAACACACACACACACACACACACACACACACACACACACACACACACACACACACACACACACACACACA